CGGAGCGAGCGAGCCAAGGCCGGCGGCGGGGCCUGCUCGGCGUGGUGCGGGCGGCGGUUCUCGGGCGCGGGCGGCGGCGGCGCGAGGCUCAGACCGGAACGCGAGGCGCGCGGGGCGGGGUUUCCGCGGGGAGCGUCCUCCGGGGACACCGGCCCCCUGCCGCCCGCUUCCUGCCCGGUAACGGACGCGGCCGGCGAUGGGCCGGGCGGCCUGAGGAGGCGGCCUGAGGCGGCGGCGCGGCGACCGAGGCAUGGAUCCCGGCGGGGGCGGCGGCUGCCCCGGGCCCGGCGGCGGCGGCGCGGGCAAGCCCAGCCUGCAGGUGGUGUACCAGGCCGUGCAGGCGCUCUACCACGACCCGGACCCCAGCGGCAAGGAGCGCGCCAGCCUGUGGCUCGGGGAGCUCCAGAGAUCGGUUCAUGCCUGGGAGAUUUCGGAUCAGUUGCUGCAGAUCCGGCAGGACGUGGAAUCAUGCUACUUUGCAGCCCAAACGAUGAAAAUGAAAAUCCAGACCUCAUUCUACGAGCUCCCGACGGACUCGCACGCCUCUUUGCGGGACUCUUUGCUUUCCCACAUCCAGAACUUGAAAGACAUGUCCCCUGUCAUUGUCACGCAGCUUGCAUUAGCAAUAGCAGACCUUGCCCUGCAGAUGGCCUCUUGGAAGGGCUGUGUACACACACUGGUUGAAAAGUACAAUAACGAUGUGAUGUCGCUGCCCUUCUUGCUGGAAAUCCUGACGGUGCUGCCAGAGGAAGUUCACAGUCGAUCCUUGCGCAUCGGAGCCAACCGCCGCACUGAGAUCAUCGAGGACCUGGCCUUCUACUCCAGCACAGUGGUCUCGUUACUGGUGACCUGCGUAGAGAAGACCGGCAACGAUGAGAAGAUGCUCAUCAAAAUUUUCCGCUGCCUGGGAAGCUGGUUCAACCUGGGGGUCCUGGAUAGCACCUUCAUGGCCAACAGCAAGUUGCUCUCGUUGCUCUUCGAGGUUCUGCAACAGGACAAGACGUCGUCGAAUCUGCACGAAGCCGCUUCGGACUGCGUCUGUUCGGCGCUCUAUGCCAUUGAGAACGUGGAGACCAACCUGCCCCUGGCGUUGCAGCUCUUCCAGGGGGUGCUGACCCUUGAGACGGCCUACCACAUGGCCGUGGCCAGAGAGGAUCUGGACAAGGUUCUGAAUUACUGCCGGAUUUUUACUGAGCUCUGUGAGACACUUCUGGAUAAAAUUGUUUGCACUCCGGGCCGCGGCCUGGGGGACCUGCGGACUAUAGAGCUGCUCUUGAUCUGUGCAGGCCACCCGCAGUAUGAGGUGGUGGAAAUUUCCUUCAAUUUCUGGUACCGGCUGGGGGAGCACCUUUACAAGACGGACGAUGCCGUCAUCCAUAGUAUCUUCAAGGCCUACAUUCAAAGGCUGCUCCAUGCCUUGGCUCGACACUGUCAGCUAGAUCCAGACCACGAAGGGAUCCCCGAAGAGACGGAUGACUUUGGGGAGUUCCGAAUGAGGGUGUCGGACCUGGUGAAGGACUUGAUCUUCCUUGUUGGCUCUGUGGAAUGUUUUGCCCAGCUUUAUGCUACCCUGAAAGAAGGAAAUCCUCCUUGGGAAGUAACGGAAGCUGUUCUUUUCAUCAUGGCCUCGAUUGCCAAGAGCGUUGAUCAGGAGAACAAUCCGACGCUGGUGGAGGUGCUGGAUGGGGUCGUGCGCCUGCCUGAAACAGUGCACGUGGCUGUCCGCUACACAAGCAUCGAGCUGGUCGGUGAGAUGAGCGAAGUGGUGGACAGGAACCCCCAUUUCCUUGAUCCAGUGCUUGGCUUUCUGAUGAAGGGCCUUUGCGAGAAGUCGCUGGCCUCGGUCGCUGCCAAAGCCAUUCACAACAUCUGCUCCGUGUGCCGGGACCACAUGGCCCAGCACUUCAGCGGGCUGCUGGAAAUCGCCCGUUCCCUGGACUCCUUCAUGCUCUCGCCGGAGGCGGCUGUCGGGCUGCUUAAAGGGACCGCAUUGGUGCUGGCCAGGCUCCCCCUAGAGAAGAUCUCAGCGUGUCUCAGUGAACUUUGUGCCGUUCAGGUGAUGGCUCUGAAAAAGCUGCUGUCUCAGGAGCCGAGCAACGGCCUGUCCUCGGACCCCACCGUGCCCCUCGAUCGCCUUGCUGUCAUAUUUAGGCAUACCAACCCUAUUGUAGAAAAUGGACAGACACAUCCGUGCCAAAAAGUCAUCCAGGAGAUCUGGCCAGUCCUGUCAGAGACCCUGAACAAACACCGUGCCGAUAACCGCAUUGUGGAACGCUGCUGCCGAUGCCUGCGCUUCGCUGUCCGCUGCGUAGGCAAAGGUUCGGCGGCGCUCCUGCAGCCGCUGGUCACUCAGAUGGUGAGCGUCUACCAGGAGCACCAGCACUCCUGUUUCCUGUACCUGGGGAGCAUCCUGGUGGACGAGUACGGGAUGGAGGAGGGCUGCCGGCAGGGGCUGCUCGACAUGCUGCAGGCUCUGUGUGUCCCCACGUUCCGGCUUGUUGAGCAACCAAAUGGCCUCCAGAACCACCCAGACACUGUGGAUGACCUCUUUCGGCUGGCAACCAGGUUCAUCCAGCGCAGCCCAGUCACAUUGCUCCGCAGCCAGGUGAUCCUGCCCAUCCUGCAGUGGGCCAUCGCUGCCACCACCCUGGACCACCGCGAUGCCAACUGCAGCGUCAUGAAGUUCUUGCGCGAUCUUGUCCACACGGGAGUGGCCAAUGAUCACGAAGAGGACUUUGAAGCCCGGAAGGAGCUCAUCGGGCAGGUGAUGACCCAGCUGGGACAGCAGCUCGUGAACCAGCUGCUGCACACGAGCUGCUUCUGCCUGCCGCCUUACACCCUGCCCGACGUGGCGGAAGUGCUGUGGGAGAUCAUGCAGGUUGACCGGCCGACCUUUUGCCGCUGGCUGGAGAACUCGUUGAAGGGCUUACCAAAGGAAACAACAGGGGGAGCGAUGCAAGUGACGCACAAGCAGCUGACGGACUUCCACAAGCAGGUCACGAGCGCUGAGGAGUGCAAACAGGUUUGCUGGGCUCUGAGGGACUUCACCAGGCUGUUCCGGUAGCGUGCUGCGCCUUCUGUCUGCCUGUCUCCCAGGACUGUCUUAUUUUCAGAAGAGGAAAUAAAACACAACCAAGACUCUGUCCCACAACCAGCAAACUUCAUUGUGGCCGAGGACUCUGACUCGCUCUGGGGUGUCCCGCCAAACCAGAAGAGACGCUUCGCCGCAAGAUCCGAGCCGGUGAAGUUCCUGUUUGUGAGUGAGAGAGAGAGGAAAAAAAAAAGGGGGCGCAACUUAUCCGCGACUAUCGAUGGCUGCAGCCGACCUACGGCAUUGCGGGGGGAGGGGAGCUGCUUUCCAGAUGGACUUGCUUUAAAAAAAAAAAAAAAAAGACAAAAAAGUAAUAAAAUGUUUUAAAAAAAGAGCAAACCACGAAAUGAUAGAAAACUAAUUUGCCUGGCAGCAAAACAAGAAAAUUAAAAAAAAAAAAAGCAAAGUAGAAAACUUUCUGUGAAAUGAAAAUAAUUGCUUACGGAUCCGUGGGGAUUAAAAAAAUCGUAUCUGUCUCGCAAACCCAGAGUCUGCCCUGCAGGGAGGGGGGGGAGGAAGGGGGGAGUGUCUCAGUUUUUUGCAAACUCUCCUUCCAGGUAUCCAGAGCUCUGCCUCUCCUCCUCGCCCAGUCCACAAGGAAAGAUUGCGCGAAGCUGGUAACUGCCGUGGGCACGAUCUUUUGGGAGUGGGCAGGAGGAGGGCAGCCCCGCUCGCUGCCCCUCAGAGAGGGUUCGCAAAACGGAGCGCGGCUCCUCUCCGGCCCCUCGAUGUGUUGCUGACUUCGAUAAACUGUUAUAAUAUAUAUUAUAUUAUAUAUUUUUUUCUUUUUUUAGUUGAUUUGGGUUUUUUGAAAAUUUGGUUUAAAUUUGUUUGGAAUAUUUUUUUUUACCGGGGCAGGGGAGGGAGGGGGGACUCUGGAGAAGAGAGGGAUAGGCAUGCUGCUUUGGCUGAACCGAUCCGGCUGCGACUGGGGAGGGGGGAGUCACGGGCCCUGCGCAGACGUUUAAGACAGGAGGGGGCGCUGUUCCGUCUGGUGUUGUAGCCAUCUCGAGAACAAGGAGGGGGGGAAAACCACACAAACACAAAAAGAAAUA